AAACGUAUUUCUAUGUUCAUAGAGUAAUGAUCUGUAUCGAGACUAAAUACUUUAACCUCAACCGGGUUCUCUUACUUGCUCUUGGUUUAUGGCCUUAUUAUCGAUCAAAUAUCGUUAGACUUCAAAUAAUCUUGUGUCUUAGUCUUGUGAUAGGUGGUAUUAGUUUCCAACUUGCAAGAUUUAUUACUACAAAAUGCACUUCUGAUCUUAUAAUAGAAGUUUUCUCUACCGUAACGUUUUAUAGUACAUACAUCAUAAACUAUAAUGCAUUUUGGAUGAAUAUGCAUAAUGUAAGGCAGUUAAUGGAAAAACUGCAGCAAAUAUGUAAUGAAUUAAAAGACGAGAACGAGAUCAAUAUUAUGAAACAGUAUGGAAACAGUGUGAAACGUUAUACAUUUUUCAUUAUAAUGUUCACCAUGGGCUGCUUACUUAUUGUUACUUUUGUUCCAAUUAUUAAUAUUGCUUUAAAUAUAAACGGAUAUAGAUAUCAUCCACAUCAAAUGCUAAGCUACUUUAUGGCUGAGUACUUCAUUGAUCAAGAAAAAUAUUAUUACUUAAUUUUUUUACAUUUAGAUGUAGUUGUAUGUAUAGGAGCAACUACAAUAGCAGCCACAGGAACAUUGCUCAGAGGAUAUUUUAUACACGCUUGUGGAUUGUUUAAAAUUGCCAGUUAUCGUAUCGAGCAAGCGAUGAUGAUCAAAAUGGUUGAAAAUAUUAGUACAAAAAAUGAGAUGAUGGUUUACAAGGAAAUAAUUUGUGCCAUCGACAUUCAACGUAAAGCUAUAAAGUAUUCUCAAUUUAUAUUAUCCAGCUUUGAAGGAUCUUUCAUCUUAUUAAUAUCAGUUAAUGUAGUUUCUUUGAGUCUCAAUCUUUUUGGAAUUUUUCGGAGUGUGUCACUCGGAAAUAGAGAAGCAUUUAUACUUCAUUCUUUGAUGGUGUCGGUCAUUCUUUUAUAUAUGUUCUUAGCUAACUAUACCGGACAAGAAGUUAUGGAUCACGAUAAUUACAUAUACCUUACAGCAUACAAUAUUCGAUGGUAUAUAGCUCCUGUGCACAUACAAAAGUUGAUACUCUUCAUAUUACAAAAAAAUAGCAAAGCCUUCGCUUUGCACAUUGGCAAAAUAUUUGUGGCAUCUUUAGAGUGUUUCGCUACGUUAUUAAAAGCAUCAAUGUCUUAUUUCACCUUCAUGUAUUCUACACAGCAAUGAUAUCAAGCCAUAUCAAUUCUUUUAUUUCAAUUUAAUUUAAUUAUAAAAAUCAACUAUGAAUCUUUGUAAUUAAAAGAAUAAAAUGUGGUCUAAAUAAAGGCUACACACAUUGAAUGUAUUCAAGUAGUUAAUUUUUUAUGUUUUAGACUAAAGUAUCAUUUCUGCUAGAAAAAUUUAAUU